AUGGACCGCGUACUGCCGAAGAGAGCUCAAUUCAGACAAUGGCGUACUAUUGACGCGCUGCCUUCGGAGCUAAUGAAACAAGUAGUUUCGUAUCUCGCUCCAACAUGCGUUGAAGAGACAAAGCCAGGAUGUAAACUAGACCUCCAAAAUGCCAACCUGGCGCAUUCAUGCCUAAGAGAAUGGGCGACAGAAUACCUGUUCAGGGAUAUGAUGUUGACACACGUCUUGCCAGGAGCAUCGUGUAGUCUAGAGCUCUUUGCAAUCACUAAGCAAAAUGCCCACCUACUCAAACAUGUAACGCAUAUUGUUGUCCAGGUUCCGCCAGCUAUCCGGAGAGAAGAUUUCGAAACUGCUAUGUGCUAUGCUCCUGAAAGAGCCACUCGACAACGUCUAUAUCCACAGUGUGAUGAUUCACCUACUACCGAGUUGACAGACGAGCAAAAGAAGUACUACCUAAGAUACCAUGAAGCAAUGGUAGAACCAUUCAUCCAAAGCUGGCGCUGGCACCCACUCGUACAUUGCGCUGAAAGCAGUUUCAGCCGAAUAUUCAGUUACUUCAAAAACCUCAUAUCCAUCUCCGUCGCCUGCUGCGAGCGAGAAGACCACCCCCAGCCAACCUGCACCCACACCUUCAUCCAGCAAACCGGCAAAUCCGUCACUGAGCAAGAAACCCCCCGCUUCGUAGAAGACCGAACCAUAAAUCUCGCCUGGGCCAGUGCCAUCAUCGCUAGAAAAGCUCCAGCCCACGUCCAAGACCUUCACCUCUCCCUCGCAAACAUAGACAACUACUACGCAGCCGGCACCGUCAACUCAGUCCUCAGACGCGGCUACAUGUACCCCGAAGACGAAUUCCCCAACCUAGCCACCCUCACGCGCCUCACCCUCAGCGUCCGCGGUACCCCCGGUACCCACGGCCACCCCUACCCCACGGACGCCUCCGCCACCUUCCACGCAGUCUGGUUCUGGAAACACAUGGUAAAUCACAUGGUACAGCUCCAGUAUCUCGAGUUGGUCGACGACUUUGACACAUCGUCCACCAUAAACUUCUCAGAUCUAGACUAUACAAACCACACCGCGUCGAUUCUUCCCUUGAUCCUCCCGCAUCUCGAGCUCAACGAGCUCCAAGUGCUAAAGCUGUGCGGGUUUGCGCUGCAGAAACAUGAUUUGGCAAAUGCACUUAUGGGGCCAUGGCCGAGUCUGGAGCGAGUGGUGCUGAGUGGGAUUCGGCUUAUGGAUGGGUCGGAGGAAGAGUAUGCGGACGCGGAGCAUAUGGAGGGGUUUACGUGGUUGGAGGUUUGUCACGGGUUUGUGGAGAAGCGGCCAGGUGUGGUGCUGGAGCUUGAGAGGCCGUAUUCGACAUGUUUUGCACUUGAUGCGGUGGCUGUGGAGGAGGGGUUUGUUGCAGAGUUGAGGGACACAGAUGGUGUGGUUGUUACCCUUUGA